UGGCACUUCCCCAGUGGCGGUGCAUUAUCGCCUGCACUCGCCACUCCGCUGCUUCUGCUAUCUUCGACAUCUUCCCUGCUCUGAUCUGCUUUGAUCUGGUUGUUGUUCUGUUGAUUCAACUAUUAUUGCAAUAUCUACUAUAGUAUUCAUCACUACAGCAUCUACUACACCUACACAUACUCUCAUCUACUCAUCAUCACCAUGUCGCUCAACUGGGUCAUGCUCGACCGCUCCGGCUCCGGCUUCGUCCCUCUUCCCGGAGAGACAACAAUCUACAGCGCCCCCCAGCGCUCCUCCUUCCGUCUGCGCACCGUCGGCAAACUCGCUGGCUCGGAAUCAAGCAUGUUCCCCGGCCACGCGCCAACCACCGACCGUCCGCCGAAACUCGACGCCUCGAGCGGCCGCCUCAUCCUCACCUCCCACCGCGUGCUCUAUCUCCCUGAUUCGCCCGAAUCCGCCCGCUUCCGCUCCUUCGCUGCUCCGCUUGGAAAUAUUCGCGACGCGCAUCUGGUUCAGCCUUGGUUUGGCCCGAACCAGUGGUGUUCUGUGGUUCUGCCUGUGCCGGACGGCGGUUUGCCAAACGUGCCGCUCGAGCUCACAGUCACAUUCAAAGACGGUGGCGCCUUUGAAUUCGACGAGUCCUUCGUCCGCAUUCGUGAGCGCAUGAAUGAUGGAAUUAAUCACAUUGACGAUCUCCCGAGCUAUGCGCCUGCAUAUGCUGCUACUCCUGCUGCUGCUGCUCCUGCUGCUGCUCCUACUCCUGCUCCGGUUCAUCCAACAGCUUCAGAUGCUGACGAUCUGCCGCCACCACCGUACGAGUCAGCUUUGUCUGGCUGAUCUCCAUGCUUCCUCUUUUUUUUUUUUUCAUUUUAUGUACCAUAUAUCCACACCACAGACUAUUCUUGGCUUCUUCUUUUCUACUUCUUUAACUACAUGACGGAGUUCGGGUUCAAUUUCUUUACAUUUCACAUAAUAAUAUGCUCUA